AUGGAGAAUACACUUUUGUCACUGUCUAUCAUCUAUGUGAUCAUGUGGAGUAUGAGGUUAAUAAUUACUGCAGUAAUGAGAUAUUUAAAAAGUAACACUAGCACAGGAAGUGAUCAGAUCUUUUUUACUUCAAGAUGUUCAUCAAGCUUUGGGUUGAAUGCAAGGAGGCAACCUAUUGUUAUGCAACAUUAUCAGACCUUUAAGACAUUUGAUAUUAUUGAUGAUUUCGGGGAUCAUCAUUACCGUAAUACUUUGGGCUUUCGAGGAUAUCAGCCUACACAUGCUUGGACAAAGGUUAUUAGUAAUGAAUGGAAGAUUUUGGAGGAAAACUUGCCAGACACAAUAUAUGUCCGAGUGUCUGAGAGUAGGAUGGAUCUUUUGCGAGCUGUCGUCAUUGGACCAGCAGGCACCCCCUACCAUGAUGGGUUGUUUGUCUUUGAUGUUCGCUUCCCACCUAAAUAUCCUGCUGUACCACCCGAGGUUCAUUACCACUCCAAAGGGCUUGGAAUUAAUCCGAACUUGUACAGUUGUGGGAGAGUCUGCCUCAGCCUUCUGAACACGUGGGCAGGUCGUGGGAAUGAGAAAUGGUUGCCAAACAGGUCUACGGUACUACAGGUUUUGGUGUCAAUACAAGCUUUAGUACUAAAUGAAAAACCCUUUUUUAACGAGCCUGGGUAUGAUAGCACCUAUACUGGGAGUGAGGGGGCGAGAAGAUCCAAAAUGUACAACGAAAAAAUCUUCAUUUCAUCCUUGAAAACAAUGGUUUACACCCUACGAAGCCCCCCACGGCAUUUUGAAGAUUUUGUUUCUGGUCAUUUUCUUGUUCGCGGCCGUGCUAUUUUAUUAGCUUGCAGAGCUUACAUGGAGGGGGCUGACAUAGGUUGCAUAGUGAAAGAUGAAAUACAGGGUCCUAGAAAGGUGGAAAAGCGCAACCUGACAGGAUUUAAGAGAGACAUAGCUAGACUAAUGAAUCCUCUCAUUGUAAAUUUUACCAUGAAUGGAUCAGAGGACUGCGCUGAAUUUCACCUCACAGAAUGA